AUGUUUAUAAAAUUUUUAUACAUUCCUUGCCCUGUCUUCACUUUCCAUCGACUUCGUUGCCGAGCUUGCCAGCUUGUCAGCUGGGCCGUGAACUUUUAUGUGCAUGCUCGCAUGUGGGAAACUAGCAUUUUUGAUUAUGUGGAACACUUUCAACAUCCUUUCCUCAACAUAUCAUGCAAUAGUGAUGCACUAAUAGCGAGAGAGGUGCGCAAAAAUGGCAUGCUAUGCAUACCGUAUUUUGCAAUCUCCGUCGCCCUCGUCUACGUUUUUAUCCUUAUUACCAAUCGCCGAGAACAUUUUCGACUGGGACAUUCAGUCUUCAUGGCCUUCUUAGGCGUGGCUGGUCCGUUGAUGGCAGUUGGCACCACGUUCUCUCUGCUUUUUCUUUUGGGAGUGCCGUUCAAUUCGAUCACACUUGUUAUGCCUUUCCUGAUAAUUGGCGUUGGCUCGGACGACGUCUUUAUUAUCAUUCAUGCCAUGCGUAAAACAGACAAACGGAGACCUUUGGAGGACCAGAUAGCCGAAACAAUGGAAGAAGCAGGCCCUUCGAUUACUGUAACAUCCAUCACCAACAUUCUAUCUUUCGGUAUAGGCAUUCUCACACCUACUCCUGCUAUUUCAUUAUUUUGUCUGUACACAUGUGUUGGAGUGGCGAUCGAUUUUGUUUAUCAGCUCACGUUCUUCGUCGCUGCUUUGGUUUACGAGGAAAUGCGGAUAACAAAUCCAGAAAAGCCGCCUAUUGAAUCCGCCGUAAAAACGAAACAAAUAGUGAGUCAUAUUCCUUUUAUUAAGGUAACAGCACAACUAUCAAUGCGCUCACUUUAUCCAGCGGAUCCUGAUGGAAUUGUAGCGAAGUACUGCAGAGUUUUGAAAAUGUGGCAGAUUCGCCUCGGUCUGCUUUUCGUUCUUAUUCUUUACUGGGCGGCUUCUAUCUAUGGUUGCUUGAAAAUGGAGAUUCGCAUGGACACGACAAAUUUAGUCAUGCGUGACAGUCCACUGCACAAUAUUGCUUAUGUUUACGAGAAUAUCCUUUGGAAGGAAGGACAACUUGUUUUAGUAUUUGUAAACAAGCCUCCAGAUCUUUCGAAAGAGGACAACCAGCGGCGAAUGCUUGGACUCGUAGGAGAUUUUGAGAGUUUACCAUUUUCGAUGGGCAAAAAUUCGACAUCGUUUUGGCUGCGAUCAUUUCUGCACCAAUCCUCCCUAUAUCCAUCAAAGGAAGAAUUCUAUCCCUUACUCGAUUCUUGGCUCCAGGACCAGGAAAAUGGAGGUUCGAGAUGGAAUGAUAUGAUACGACUGAAGCGAGAUGUCAAUGGAGCGGUUAUAGGAGUGGAAAAGUUCAUGUUCGCUACAGCAUCUGCUAUGGGUGAUCAAGCUAGUUGGAAUACUAGAGCUAAAUUGCAGCAUAGUUGGCGAGAAGCUGCAAAACGCAACAGCGAGUAUAAUGUGACGAUAUUUCAGGCAAGUUCUCAUAGGGUGCUCAGGCAAAUCGCAUCUUUUCGCCUGUCCGGACCCAUUUUUUUCGAAAUUUUCUCAUAAAA